AUGUGGGCUAGAAUUGCUGCGGCUCGCACAUUGACGAAGCUCUCACAAUCCCGCGCUUGUGAACUUCAAGUGGAGACCUCGGGACUCCACUCCGCCCAGAGACCUCAAGCAAUCGGACCGAGGUUUCCGCAGCUUCAUAGGCACCGUUUCACCCUCUCAUCAUACCCCGUGAAGUCUACCUAUCUCCCUGUUAACACAUUGAAAGACCACAAUGUCUCGUUCCUGCAAGCAUCCGCUCUUUAUUUUGUGAUCCUCUCCAUCGGACACACAAGUGGUGGUAAGGAAUGGACGGCUGAGAAGGUCUUCACUGCCAUCAAGGGUUCGAAGCCCUGGGCUUGUGGGACUGUGGGUUGGUAUCAGGGAAGUGCUUUCUUCCUGUUGACUGGAAUCCUCCACUUUCAGUGGUCGCGCGACCCGUCAGCGCUAAGCGAUCCGCUGAACAAGGCUAUGGCAGCUAUCGUCAACGUCCUCUUAUGGACUAGCUCAGCCUGGUAUGCCAAGAACGGCAUUCAGGACAAUGCGAUCGCGGUUGGUCUUUCGGCUGCGCUGCAGGGUGCCGCAGUUCUGAAGCAGAUUCUGUAA